AUGAACUUCAUCACGAUCAUCGCCUCUCACCGACUCAGCGGCAAGUCCAAAGCUAGCUUCUCGAAAGAUAGUCCCGAUCCCGCCUUGACCAGAGAGGCAAAGUCGACACUCGACAGACCGACAGACUUGAGGCUAAUGGUCAAAUACGAGGCCGGCCUGGAGGAUUCGUCCCGUGGCCACUUCGGAUUCCCAGCCGACGAAAGCUGGUCCGCCCCGUCCACUUCGGCUCUACUAACGACGAUAGAGGAGGUAGGCCUCCGACACUAUCGGGACACAGACAAUGGCCAAGCCUCGUGA